ACCUAUCGAAAUCAUUUCACUUGAAAACUCUGCAGAGUAAAGGUGACAGAGGAAUAGACUGUAAAUAGUUCUUUGUAGUAUUCUGUGAAGCAACUAUAAAAAUGGGAUUUCGUUUGUGUACCGUUUUGUCGUUAGCCUUAUUAACGGUUUUCGUGACUGAUGUUUCCAGCCAAGGUAUAAUCAUAGAUGCGGCAAUGCGCAGAAUUUUGGAAAAUUUCCGUAACAUAAUGCGCAAUGGAAAUCCGGAAACUGGCUUCCCGGUAGUUGCACCAUAUUUCAAUGAGGACUUCUUCUUGAACGCUAGCCUGGGUGGAUUGCUCGAUUUUGACAUACGGAUGACACCAAUCCGCAUCGAAGGACUUGAUGCCUUCGAUGGUCGACUAAGUGUAGAUUUGAGUAACCUCAGAUUUCCGUUUGAGUUUCGUUACGCCGAUGAAAUUAUCAUAGAUGGGUUCUAUGACAUGAACGGCCGAUUGUAUGGUCUGAUUCCCGUGUUUGGCAUUGGAAAUAUGUUCAUUCGUCCCAAAGGAGUAGUUGCUUCCGGAUGGGCAACUAUAAUAGAUAAUGGAGAGGGAAUGCUGGCAAUGAGAGACUUCUCCAUAAGUUUGAUGAUCGAUUCAUUAGAGACCAACAUAGAGGGAAUGCUACUUGGGGGCGAGCUAUCGGACCUAUUGAAUGUUGUUAUUCAGGAUAUAGUUCCAUCCUUUUUAAGCAACUUUCCAGAGUUAAUGACCAACGUAUUGACGGCCUUUGUGGAACCAUUGCUAAACCGAUUCCUCGCAACAAGAACAAUGGAAGACUUACUGGGUCUUUUAUUCCCCAGAGGUAUUCCAAAUUGAUUACAAACAGGCGUGCUCGUGUCAAGCUAUGAAGUUAUCUAAGUGCUCCGAGAUUGAUAAUAACAAUCUGUCUGAAUGCAAGAUAAAUUUUGUUUUAUUGUAAGAGCUCCCUAAAUAGAGAUG